AGAAUUUAUAGUCAUGUUGGGUUUAUAAUAUUGUAGUGCAUAAAUUCCUAGGGAUCAAGACAGAGAUGACUGCAGUUCAGGAAUUGCUGAGAUGGAGAGUGGCAGACAGCACAGGAACUUACACAAGGUUCCAGGCAGCUCACUCAGCGAGAUUUGGGAGCUCUGUGGAACAAACGCCGGUCACAGCGACGCUGCCUCGCGGGGCGGCCGCGCGUCCCCUCACGGACCCCGGGGCGGGCCCGACAUGGCGGCGGCGCCGCCCCGCCCCGCGCGCCGGGCGGGAAGCGCCAGGGCGGGAGAUCGUGAGGGCAGCGAUGGCGGCGGCCGGCGGCGAGCAGCAGCAGCAGAUGCUCACACAGAGGCUGAAGGCGGCGGUUCACUACACAGUCGGGUGCCUGUGCCAGGAGGUGGAGGAGGACAAGGACGUGCAGUUCAGCAAGCAGAGCAUCGCGGCCAUCUCGGAGAUCACCUUCCGGCAGUGCGGCAUGCAAAACGAACCACAGUCACUACAGAAGAUGUGAAGCUUUUGGCUAGAAGAAGCAAUUCUUUGCUAAAAUACAUCACUCAGAAGAGUGAAGAGCUUGCAUCAAGUAACAUGGAGCAGAAGGAGAAGAAGAAGAAGAAGUCCAGCGCAGCUAAGGGAGAGAGAACUCCUGGGGAACAAGAAGCAGCUGUGACUGAAAAUGAAGAUUCCAACAUGGCAUGAUUUGUCUUUCAAGUAAUGUGUCAGGUCAUCUUCUCUUACUGUCCUAGAGAAACCAGAAUUAGGCUAUUUAUCUUGCAGGUUAGAUCCAGUCAUGAAGUUUUCAGCUUUAGUGAAUGCGAAUCUUUAGCAUUUAGUGAAUGCGAUUGCAUUUUUAUUGUUCAGAAUAUGAAAAGUCUGUCAGAAUUCAGUAAGCUUACAGCCCAAAUGCCUUAAUUGCUCACAAAAGGUAUCUGGUAUUAAAAUACUUUUAUUUAAAGAAAUUGAAAUAGAACAUUCUCAUUGAACCAUAA